GAGAGAUCCUGGAGACAGAGAGUACUGGAGGAUGAGCAAACGCCCAAAAUAAGUAGUGUUCCAGAUGAAAACGGAGAAAGUUUUAUUGUUUGUUUUGCUUAUGGGGAUAGCCACUCUUCACUUCCACCGUGGUUGUCCAGAGUAGACUACAUCACCUCACCAGCUGUCGCUCACCAUCAGUCUGACGUCACGUCGAGUCUGCCUUACGCCGCCUUUCCUACGGCAUCACGGCGUUUUCAGUUCGCGCAGCGCUCUGUAUCCAUUUGCUGUCAUUGUAGGAUUUAGUAAAUAUCGUGGUCGAAAGGUCACGUGUUUCUAACACACUGAACCGAGCGUCAAGUGCAGCAUAGCGGAACUGCGAGAGCUUUGCCAGGUCUGUUUCUGCACAGAGGUAACGCUACAGCCCGAAUCGCGGGGAUAUGGCCAGGCCAGAGCAGAUCUUGCUACUAGAGCCUCAACACGAGUUGAAAUUCCGAGGUCCAUUUACAGAUGUGGUGACCACAACCCUGAAGCUUUCUAACCCCACAGAUAGAAAUGUGUGCUUUAAAGUGAAGACCACUGCACCACGUCGCUACUGUGUGCGUCCAAACAGUGGAGUGAUCGAAGCAGGAACCUCUGUUAAUGUCUCUGUUAUGCUGCAGCCAUUUGAUUAUGACCCCAAUGAGAAGAGCAAGCACAAGUUUAUGGUGCAGUCAUUAAUGGCCCCACCUGACAUGACUGAUAUGGAGGGUCUGUGGAAGGAGGCCAAGCCAGAGGAACUGAUGGACUCUAAGCUACGAUGUCUCUUUGAAAUUCCAAAUGAGAAUGAGAAAACGCAUGAUAUGGACACCAGCAAGAUGAUUUCCUCUAGUUUUUUAAAAUCGGAUUCUUCCACGUUGUCCAUGAAGAUGGGGUCCAAUCUGGAUGAUGGAGAGGUGAAGAGGAUUAUGGAAGAGUGCAGAAGACUUCAGGUGGAGGUGCAGCGACUAAGAGAAGAAAACAAACAGAUCAGGCAGGAAGAUGACUGUCUGCGGAUGAGGAAGAACACAGUGAUGGCAGCUCAGCAUUCCACACCUUCAUCUGUCACUGUGAAGGAGGAGGGCUUGAGCAUCAGGGUCAUUGCUAUAAUUGUGUUGUUCUUUGUCAUCGGCGUCACUGUAGGGAAGUUGUUCCUGUAAAGAUAAGGGAGAGUUUAGUGACAGCAUGCAAUGUGAAUGAAACAAACCUAACAAAAUGUAUUUUGAUGCUGAAUAUCCAGUUGCAAUGCCAUAUCAUUUUUGGAUAGUGCUGGGUCACUGAAUUAUGUAAAAUGAAAAGAAACAUUAUUCCACCUUGUGUGCAAAAUAUAAAUUAGGGGAAUACAUCAACCAAGCACUGUCCCUGUAGUGACAAAAUGACAUCAUUCAGGCCAUUCACGAAACUAUUUUAGAAACAGUAGUGCUAAAAAAUUCAUACCAAGCUGUUAUCUGAUAUACUGUCAUCUGAACUGCAGAGUUAAAUUAAGGUCAGUUAAAAGUUAUGCCUGUUUUGUUUAGACAGAGUGCAGAAGCUUAUUACAUUUACUUACAUUUACACUUAAAGCUCUUUUAAAUAUAUGACCGUACAAAUGAUUAUUUAUAAAUGUAUGUGUUUGUGUGUGUGUGUAUAUAUAUAUAUACAUAUAUAUAUAUAUAUAUAUAUAUAUAUAUAUAUAUAUAUAUAUAUAUAUAUAUAUACAUAUAUAUCUCCACACACAUACAAUGAAUAUUAAAAGGCUACAUGCCCCUGUUGAAAUGACGGUUGUUGGUUGGUUGGUUUUUUAAAAGUUAAAUUGUCAGAAUUUUUCUCACCCUCAACAUGAAGUUACAGUGUAUAAAUAUUGUGUAAAAGAAUAAAAAAAUAUUGUAGGGAAAAAAUGGAAAAUAAGCUUACAGUAAACCUUUUCUGCACACCUGUAAGGUAAUACUUGGAGCACUUUGUGAUUUUAAUACACCACACAGUCUUUUUGGUUAAGAGUCAGGCAGUGUGGCACAUCUUGACUUGGUAAUAUUUUCCCUCUCUUUCUUUCAAAAACAUUCUGGAUCUAUGAGAUUGUAAGGGCAUGUCCUGUGCACAGCGUGGUAUUUUUACCUAUUCAUAGUCCAGACAUGAAAAAUAUGAGAUCGUUGUCACAAUCUCAGUAUCAGUACUUUUAAGAUAUUCCUGCUGCUCCUUUAAUAUUACUGUAGUUUUUCUCUUGUCCGUUUUCAGGGACGUCCUGCUCUUGGUGGUGUGUGGUUUUAAUUUUUCUGUUUGUUGAUAUACCAUGCCCACUUUAUAUGAUUUUUCUGAACCAUGUCUUAUGUCGGAUGAAACCAAGAAGAUAUGAAAAUACUACGGAGACCGAUGUUUAUUUGGGAUUAAUCAGAACAAUUUUCUUGAUGACAUCUGUAGUAUAAUAAUUACUAAUGGACAUAAGAUUGAAUGUGAUUGGUUGAUUCUGAACACACACACAGCCACAUCCCUAAUUAUAAAAUGGUGUGCAGCCUUAUGCAACCCGGUUAUUGAAACAUUUUUCUGUUUUUACCUAAAAUGUUUCCGAUUGCUUUUUGUUUCAUUUUUAUGCAUUGUAACUUCAAAUCAAGGGUGAAAAGAAAACUCAUUUUAAUAGGGCUGUGUAGACUUUGUAUAUCUAUUGUCUAUAAUUCAUGAUGUGUCUAUGAACUCGAACCUUCUAUACAAAGUUCAUUAAUUAACCCAGAGAGGAGUAAGGCACAGAGCUGAUGUCAGAAAAAUGCUUCCAGUGUUGAUCUUGAGCUCGGGGCAGAUAAACUUCCCUAUAGUGUUGGUUUCAAUAUUUCUUCAUCUUUUUUCUUUUUAUGGUUGAUACUGUAGUGUCUGAUAGUGUGUCUAUUAGUUUAUCUUAUCAACUAGGGCAUAAACCUAUUUGUUUGGAUUUUUGUUUGGGGUUUUUUUGGAAAUAUUUAUGUUUUUGUUUGUUUACAUAUUAUAUUAUAUAUCUAUAGACAGCUACUUUGUCUAAGCAAUGACAAAGCUGUAGUUUCUGAUUUAUUAAAAGAGGUGUGGUUGGUAGCCGAUUCCCUUGGAGAUGCUCAUCAGAAAUAAACUUGCCCUUCCAACACUAUCUGCAACAACUUAGCAACCUGAAAAAGGCCUAUAGGUUAAUGCUGUAGCUUCAGUAACCACUACCCUACCCAGUGGUGUCUCCUGUAUCCAGUACUGUUCAUGCACAGUCAGUUUCAUAAAUAUUUGGAAAUUGAGGAAGAUGUUAUUUUAGUUGUCUACCACACAGUAGAUUGGAGUCGAACUUGGCUAAUUAACAGACUUUUAGUUUUAAGGGCAUUUACAGUCAUGUAAGGAACCCACAAACAUCACCAAAUAUUGGGUUUUUUCACUGGUGAUGCUCAGCCAGGCAUUUACUGAAGCUUUCUUCUGUUACUAUUGGUUCUUGGGUCAUUUGAUUCCUGUUUUUUUUUUUUUCUUUUUUUUUAAACAAGUGAAAUGCAUGCUCAAUUGAACAGUGUGGCUCUGCAGAUUUACCCAUUCAGCAUUAGUGAGAUCAGGAAAGGAGGCCUGGGGCAUAGUUGGCAUACCAGUUCAUCCAAAUGGUGUUCGGUGGGGUCGAGGUCAGGGCUCUGUAUUACCCACAUGAGUUCCUCCACUGCAGUCUUAGCAAAUCAUGUCUUCAUGUACCUUAUUUUUGCACAGGGUUACUGUCAUGUAGGAAGAGGUUUCAAGCCUUUAGAAUAGGCCCCUUUCCCUUUCAGUGAAGGAAAAUUGUAAUGCUACAGCAUGCAAAGCAAACCCUCUACAAUUUUGUGGCAUCAGUUUGGGAAAGGUCCAGAUAUGGGUUAUGUAUCCAGAAAGUACACCAGUACCUAUGUUCUUUGUAAGAAUAUACCAAAUAUUUAAUUUGGCCAUACCUAAAAUCGUUUGUUUGGACAUCAGAAGGAGCAUUAACAGUGUAAGACAUUACAUAUGCAAAUGGAACAUACUCCUAGACAUUUAAUCUGCUUAUCUGUAAUCAGUUAUUAUGAGUAAGUAAAUAAGGCUUGCAGGUGUGUUGGGGGGGGGGGGGUUCAGAUGAACAAAUAAUAUAUAGAAUAUAUAAACAACACUAUAAUCCUUACGUUGUUCACUUUUUUUGCACUCAUACAUUAUUUAUCUACAAUAUGUUGUGGUAGACUAAAAAAUAAUCUCUGAAAAUAUCCAAAUAUUUAUGGACCUGGCUGAAUUUUUAAGCCUGAAGGUAUUAAGACAAUUGCAUGGCUGAGAAUUAAUCUUAUGGUGUGUUUUUGUUGUAUGUUAAACACUGUUUAUUCUGCUGCAUUAGGCUUUCAAGUUGCUGUACUAUUGAAAGACCUCUGAUUUUAAAAUUUUUUCAUGUUUUUUGAGAGAUCCUUUCAUUUACGCUAUGAAUAAAGCCUUUUAUUGCACAGCACUGUUUCUGUAAAAGGAAUGCACUAUAUAUAAAGAAUAUUUUCUCAGUAUCUGUCCAUGAAACAGUCUUUUCCCCCAAUUAUUCAGUGUUUGAUCCAUGAACAAUAAUCUAAGAAUUCAUCAUAUGCUUUAUUACACAAAGUUUUCCCCAAGGAGGUAAGUAAACUGUUUUGUAUGAAAAAAUGAAUACUAAUAUCCGUAGUGAAAAGUCUAUUAAUGUGUAAAAAUACUUCCCACCUUGUUAGGCUAUACGUCAUUAAAGAAUUAAAUAAAGCCACAAAUGUUAAAUGGUUUAAUCCUGUUUUCUGUUUCUAAUGUCAGUUAUAAAAACAUGUACUAUAUUGCCAGGAUAAGACACAUUUUAUAAUUUUUUAUUAUAAACAUAUUAUUUGUGAUAGACGUGAGGACAUACAGUACUCUGUUGUUAAGUGGAUAGCUCACUUUAGGUUAUUGUUCAGUUUUAGACUCUCAUAAUUUUUUUUUAUUUAGUAAAGAUACCUUAGGCACUGUGGAAUGCAGGGUCAAAGGGUCAGAUAUAUAUAAAAUGUCAACAUUAUGUCAGGUCAGAACAAAAGGACAUACAUUAUUACUUAAUGGUAUUGUGCUCAUAUACAGUUUUUUUAUUUGCUUGAAGGUGACUAUACUAUAAUACAUAUGGGUAAUUCAUUUAUUUAAAGUGGUGGCCCCAGUGUGUGCCCCUCACCCCUCUUCCUGCAUUACUGUAUGAAUUAGAGCCUACUGUACUUCUUAGAAUACAUAUUGUGAUUGACCCAUCUAGUAUGUUUGUGUAUAUGGCUUGCAGUGUAGUUCAACACAUCAGAUGUUGAUGAGGGAAAGUUGUUGAAUUCUGGAAAGAAAUGUUAAUGUAAAUCAGUUUAUUGUUUUAGAUUUCAUUUGUAUUAUGUAUUUUAUAAAAAUUUACAUGGAAAUAUUCAAUAUGAUGUCCUGUAAGAAGCCAAUUUGACAACUGUGAAUGCUGUAAAUUGGUCAUGUUGCAGGAUAACUACUGCUUUGCAUAGGAGGAUGCCUCUCCCACCCACAGAGCAAGGCUCCCAUUUUGCUUCUUUUGGCACCUGGUUAUGGAUGAUUGUGACAUUGUCAGUUUUUGAAUAUGCAAUCUGCAGAAAAUAAAGACACUUUUUUAUUGGGCCACUCUGGAGUUCAAUAAUAAGACUAA